AUGAACACUGCCACCAGCAACACUGUCAGCAACCACAAAAAUGAUAGUUCGGUGUCUUGUCAGUCAGAAAUGGAACAGAAUUCGGAUAACAGUAUGAACGAAAAACUGGAAAUGUCAUCGAAACAUGAAAAACACCUCCCAGAUGAAAAAUGGACCCCUUAUUUAUUUUUCUGCAUAUCCUCAAUAGCUCUUGCCUCAUUCCAAGACGGGUUUCAAAUUGGGUGCAUCAAUGCGCCAGGUCCUUUGAUUAUUGAAUGGAUCAAAAAGUGUCAUUUUGAACUUUUCGGGGAAGUUUUAUCACAGUAUCAGGCGGAUUUUAUUUGGUCAGUAGCAGUUUCCAUGUUCUCCGUAGGUGGGAUGUUUGGAAGUUUCUCGUCUGGUUUUCUGGCAGAUAGGUUCGGCAGAAAAUCCACCCUUCUAUAUAACAAUGUUCUUGCUCUCAUUGCUGCCACGUGUCUUUCAACUGCAAAACUCUUCAACCUAUACCCAAUGAUUGUCUUUGGUCGCUUCUUGGUAGGGCUCAAUUGUGGAAUCACUUCCGGAUUAGUACCAAUGUAUCUGACCGAGCUGGCGCCACCGAAUCUUCGUGGAAAGUGCGGAUCUUUCCAUCAACUGAAUAUCUCCGUUGCCAUCGUGCUUUCACAAGCUCUCGGCCUCCCGUUUAUUUUUGGAUCUCAAGAAGGAUGGCCAUACAUUUUUGCAUGUGUUGCUAUUCCGACGUUUUUACAACUAGCCACUAUUCCAUUCUGUGUCGAAUCUCCGAAAUAUCUAAUUUCGAAGUUGAACGAUAGAGAAGAAGCAAGAAGGGCUCUUGAGAAGCUUCGGAAUCAUACAAAAGUGGAUGAAGAGUUGGAGCAUAUGGUUCAGGAGACAAUGGUGACUGCUGAGCCAGUACAUCAACCGGGAUACUUGGCUUUGUUCAAAGGAGAGAAUCAGUGGCCAAUGAUUGUUUCGAUUUUGAUGAUGUUCAGUCAACAGUUCUCCGGGAUCAGCGCGGUUACUUUCUACUCAACUCUGAUUUUCAAACGAAACGGAUUGUCCGGGAACGAGCCAAUGUAUGCAACAGUCGGAUUUGGAUGUAUCAAACUCAUUGCCACCUUUGGAUGUCUUGGCCUUAUCGAUCAUCCGAGGUUCGGAAGAAAACGUCUUCACAUCGCCGGCCUCUCCGGAAUGUGCAUCUCAUCGAUUCUGAUUGUUAUCACUUUAACAUUAUCAAAUGCUGGAUUCCAUUGGGCUAGCUAUCUGAAUGUCCUCUUCAUUUUGUCGUUCGUGGUAACAUUUGCAUUUGGGCCGGGACCAAUUCCUUGGUUCUUCACAUCUGAACUGUUCGAUUCGGCUACACGUGGUCGAGCAGCUGCCGUUUCUGCUACUAGCAACUGGGUAGCAAAUUGGAUGGUUGGCUUAACAUUCCUUCCAAUUAAUAACAUAAUACACCAGUAUGCCUUCCUGAUGUUCACAUUCUUCACGUUCACUUUUGCCGUCUUCACCUGGAAGUUCGUUCCGGAGACAAAAGGAAAAACGCCUUCUGCAAUUCGAAAAGAAUUGAUUUUCAUGAGGAAACGAAUGUGUUCAUAG